AUGAGGUCACAAAUCCACAAGUCGUGGAAUCUAGUCGCCAGCAUCUUCUUUCCGAUCAUCACUCUCCUCUUCUCCGCUCCUCUACUCGGCCACGCCUUGCAUCUCUUCAUCAUGCAUAACAACCACACGUACGACAACGCACCUGACUACCACAAUUACCACACGAGGCCACGUGUCCAGACCCUAAUCAGCCUCUCUCUCUCCUUGCCGUGUUCCUCCUCAGCAACGCCGCUACGUUUCUUAGGCCACGACGGCUCGGCUUCCCCAAUACCAAAGUGUUUCAAGGCAGAAUAUCCUUCCGGACAACGCAAAUGGGAACAAUAUCAAAUGACUGGAUGCUGCAUGCGACCGGGAAAAUGCGAACUUGAGAGGGUGAACGCAACGUUGGGGAUUAUAAGAAACCGUGAAGGACCACCGUUGGAUACGGCGGUGAUAUACGGUCGCCACGGUGGUGAGGCAACGAUAAGAGAUUAUUACGAUAUGUGGAGGAACGAGUUAAGCGUGUUGUACUAUGAUUAUAUGACGUGUCAGCUCAAGAUUAUCAAAUCUCCAAUGCUGCGUAAAUGGUGGCAGCUCGGUGUCUUCUUCUCGUCUAUCACAUGUCUGCUUAAUUAG